GGGUUGCCACGCGGGUUUCCCGGAGGCUCAUCAGCACAAACUUUGGGGUAAUCUGAGGAUAAAAGGACACAAACGAAAGGAGAGAUAGUUCCAACAACUGAGAGCCUCACCGUUCUCAGCACAAGUCUCCUUCAGAACACUUCGCCGAACGCUUUACCUUGACGGUCCAACAGGGGACUUCGUUCAGAAUGAGGGUCACUAUAUUUGACAACUUUCCGCCCAUUAAAGGCGUCCGAUGGUUCAACGUUUGGGUUUUCAUCCUUACACCACUGUUGGGACUAGCAGGAUUCUUCUACGCUCCAUCGUCUCGUGCGACGGCGGCAUUCUCGGCUCUGUACUAUGUGUUCUCCAUGUUAGGUGUUACAGCCGGCUAUCAUCGUUUGUGGUCCCAUAGGUCCUACAAUGCGUCUAUUCCCUUGCAGCUGUUUUUGCUCGCGGCCGGUACAAGCGCGGCCCAGGGAUCAGCCCUCUUCUGGGCUCGUUCCCACCGCUCCCACCAUCGCUAUACCGACACCGACAAGGACCCGUAUAACGCUAACCGUGGAUUCUGGUGGAACCAUCUCGGCUGGAUGGUUUUCGUCACCGACCUGCAUUCCGGCGCCGCAGACUCUUCUGAUCUAAAGAAAGACAGGCUCCUCCAGCUCCAACAUUCGUGGUAUUUCUUCCUUCUCCCAAUCUGGGCUAUCAUCGUACCUACUGUGGUACCUGGAUAUUUUUGGGGCGAUUGGAUAGGCGGUUUCUGCUUCGCGACGAUGCUCCGCAUGACCUUCGCUCACCAUAGUACCUUUGCAUUGAAUUCUGUUGCCCAUUACCUAGGAACAGCCCCCUUCGACGACAGGUUGACUCCUAGAGACCAUUUCAUCACAGCCAUCGUGACGAUGGGUGAGGGAUAUCACAACUUUCAUCACCAGUUCCCCAUGGACUAUCGCAAUGCCAUUCAGUGGUAUCAGUUCGACCCUACCAAAUGGUUCAUAGCGGCUUGUAAAGUCCUUGGGUUCGCUAGUCAUCUCCGCACAUUCUCUGGCAACGAGAUCGCAAAGGGUCAAUUGACAAUGAAGCUGAAGGACCUCAAACGCGUCCAGGAAGAAAUCACCUGGCCUACGCCGACCGAAAAGCUUCCAGUUAUCACCUGGGAUACGUUCCAAAAAGAAUCAAAGAAUUGUCCCCUCAUUCUGAUUGCUGGUUUCAUCCACGACGUCUCUUCUUUCAUAAAAGAGCAUCCCGGGGGUUCGGACAUUCUGAAUCAAAGUGCAGGCAAAGACAUGACCCCCGCCUUCUUCGGUGGCGUCUACAACCAUUCAAACGCAGCGCAUAAUUUGCUUUCCAUGUUACGCGUUGGAGUUCUGGAAAAUGGUGUAGAAACACCAGCAGAACCCGUCAAACCCGAGCACGCCAUCCCUCCGUCGCAGAGUUUGUAUGUCGCUACACGUCGUCAAGGCAUAUAAAAGCGACACAGAACUUCUCAUGCAUCGAAUGCAGUGAAUAAAGUAUAGAAUCGAUGAAAGAAACGGUCUGGCAGGUAG